CUUCUUUUGGAACAGAUCAGUUCUAGAGAGAAAACAAAAUUUUAAUCAUAAAAAAAAAAUUUGUUUUUUACUUUUAAAUCAAAAAACUUAAAAAUAAAAAUGAAAUUUUUAAUAAUAACAACAUUAAUAAUUUUAAUUGGAUUGUCAUUAACACAAACAAUAUUUGGUCAAUUACCACCAUGUCCAUCAAGAAAUAUUUGGGCACCAAUAUGUGCUUCAGAUGGUAGAACAUAUGAAAAUGAUGAUAAAUUAAAAUGUCAACAAGCUAUAGAUCCAACAGUUAGAUUUAUUAAGGAAGGACCAUUUUUAAUUUUCACCUCAUUAAAUUUUCUGAUGUGCACCCUAAUAUUAACGGAAAUUGUUGUAAUUUCUUCAAAUACAGAAAAUAUUUUUGAAAAUUUCAAUGUAAGAAGAUGUCCUGUUUCAUCAAUAAUGAAUUUAGUUUGUGCUUCUAAUGGUAGAACUUAUUAUAAUGAAGAUUUUUUAAGAUGUGAAAGAGAAAUAAAUCCAUCAUUGAAAAUAAUUAAGGAAGGGGUGUGCUAAACAAAAAAUAUUAAAUUGUGUGUGUUUUUUAAUGUAUAAAUUGAUUGCUAUUAUAAAAAUUAGAAUUUUAUUUGAAUUUAAGUUCAGAUCGGAUCAUUAAAUCCAAUAUUGUUAAGCUCAAUAUUCAGUAAAAUACACAAAAUAUAAUAAAAAACUAAUAAAAUGUCAUUUUCCUUUACUGGCAAUACCGUAAUUGCGCCCAAAAAUAACAAUAAAUGUUAUCAACAACUUAAAAUAUUUGACUUAAAAUAUAUCAGCUCAUAUCUUACGGUAAACAGAGCUCAGGACAAAUUUGCAACACCAUCUUCAGAAAAAAACUUUUUUGACUCAUUUAUUUCGAGAACGAUGAAAUAUUUCACGAAAUACAGGAAAAGCUCGGAAGCAGAAUGCAAUGAGACUGUGCCGAAGACUCGUGCUUAUAUGAGCCCGAGUGAAGAGCUCAACUAAAUUUAAACAACACAAAAUUAAGUUAUUUAUUAUAAUUGUGAUAUUUUAACAAAUAAAAAUCCCAAUAAUAAUGAAGUAAUAAUAUUCAUUUUAUAUUAGUUGUCAAACAUUUAAGUAUUCUUUAUUAAAUAAGAUCUUUUAAUUUUUAACAGGAACCUUCUUUUACUAUUUUAAGUUUAAGAUUAAUUCGUUGUCUGCAUUCAAGUGCCCAUUGAUUUCGAUAUGUAAGACCAUCACUGCCACAAACAAAAUUAACAAUAGCUGGUGUUGCACACAAUAUUCUAGCCCAACUGAUUGGUAAUAUUAAAUAAAAUAAAAAUAUUAUAAUUGAAAUACAAUUAAUUUUCAUUUCUUCUAUAUUAUUUAAUUUAAUUGUA